CCAGCAAAUCUAUCAUCAAUCAAUUUAGAAAUAACACGGGUAGGAAAAUGGAUCGGGUCAUGAUUCGCCAUAUGAAGAAGCCCAGAUCCAACGGUAUUUGUAUCUGGUUGGGUUUAGUAGAUCCGGCAAAUUCGUUUCUAGAUCCAAGAAUCCCAGGAUAUGGGUUUGUGGACACUACUUGAAGGAUUUCUGCUGCUUGCAAAUGCAUUUGCUAUAUUAAAUGAAGACCGAUUCCUUGCUCCAAAAGGCUGGAGUUUCCAGGAAUUCUCAGGAGGCAAAACAAAAUCAUUAAAGGGGCAGCUUAUAGGUCUCAUAUAUGCAACCCAGUAUCUGAGGGUUCCUCUUAUAAUCUUAAAUAGCAUCUUCAUAGUUGUAAAGCUAGUUUCUGGUUGAGGUUUCCCUGGUUUGCAAUAUAUUAUAUGCACAUCUGAUUGCCCUCAAUUGUUUGAAUUUGGUGGUCUAUAAAAUGGUUGUAUCAGACUGAUAUUGUGAGGUUUCAAAUUAGGUUCUAAUGAUUCUUGAGUAGGAAUUAUCGGUUUGAUUUUGCAUCUAUAAUGCAGGGCUUGGGUGGCUUUUGCGAAUUUGUCUAUUAAAGCUUGUGGGUUUUCAUUUGCAAACUGUAUGAACCAUUCAUUCAACUGGGAUACCAGCCUCUUGUUUUGUAACUUUGUUGUACUUCUAGCAAUUUAUCAUUGAGCAAGGUUCAAAAUUUC